GUCGAGCGCGGCCAGCACCAAAAUGGUUUCGGAUGCGGAUGUGGCGGAAGUGCGGCAUGUUAUGCAACGCAUUUUGGUGCCGUGCGUUUUUGUUAUUGGACUAUUGGGAAAUUCAGUGAGCAUUUAUGUUUUGACGCGGAAACGGAUGCGUUGUACCACAAAUAUAUAUUUAACGGCCCUGGCAAUCACGGACAUAGCGUACCUGACUUUUCAGCUCAUUUUAUCACUCAAGCAUUACGACUACAUAAAAUACCACUUGGAGUUAUACUGGAUGCUCUAUGGCACAUUCUUGUGGCUCUGCGAUGCAUGCGCAUACAUCUCCAUUUAUAUAGCCGUGUGCUUUACUAUCGAACGAUUUAUAGCGAUACGCUAUCCGCUGAAAAGACAAACAUUCUGCACUGAGUCGUUGGCCAAGAAGGUAAUAGGAGCUGUGACGCUCUUUUGUCUGCUGUCCACCGUGUCCACGGCCUUUGAGCACACAUACAGCAUCAGCGCUAAAUUGAUUGAUAGUGAGUAUCGGCCAUGCAAUCUGACGGCAGCGAACGUGUUGCCAGCGUCCGGGCCAGGAACAUCAGACACGUCAGCAACGCCAUCCACGACGACGACAACGACUAUGCAGUUGUGGCCAGAGCUGCUCGAGAGGUGGGGCAGCGGUGACGAUGACGAUGACGAAGCAGCGACGCUUGCAGACAACAUUCCAAGCAUUGUGACGCCCCGGACGCGGCUUAAGCCGGCGACUGCCGUUGGUGGCACACCAGUUGCCAGCUUAGAGCAGUCGGCGAUGCAGACAUGGGCGACACAACUGUCACGUGAGCAGGAUAGGAAAAGCUGGGCUCGCACAAAUGGGAACAACAGCCGCGUGCUCGCAUUUAAUGUAACGGAAUAUUGUCAAAACGUAACUUUUUACACAAACGCCUACUCGCAAUUGGGACAGAACACUUUGUAUAUUAAUAUCUGGAGCAUGGCGACUCUACUGGUCUUCGUGCUGCUGCCCCUGAGCAUGCUGGCCACCUUCAAUUGUUUCCUCAUCAUGCUUGUGCAUCGCUCGAAGAGUUUGCGGGGCGAUCUGACCAAUGCCAGUAGCAUGCGGCGCACCAAGCGGAAAUCCAAUUCCGGGCUGGCGGGCAGUGUUUCGCAGGAGAAUCGCGUGACCAUCACACUCAUUGCUGUCGUGCUGCUGUUCAUCGUUUGCCAGCUGCCUUGGGCCAUAUAUUUGAUAUUGGUACAGUAUAUGGAAAUUGAGUGGAAUAUACAAUUGGUUGCGGGCAAUGUGUUCAAUUUUCUGGCCGCCAUCAAUGCCGCGGCCAAUUUUUUCCUAUACUGCGUGCUGUCCGACAAAUAUCGGAAGACCGUGCGUGAACUCAUCACGGGCUAUCGCUACCGCCACCGACACGCACGCAACAAUACGAGUAUAUAUACACCUCACACCACCACCACACUGACCCACAUCAAUGGCGAUGGUGGCUAUGGGGGAGCAGGCAGCAGACGUAGUCGAGGAAAGGCGGCUGGGACGACAGGACAGGCGCGUCUGAUUUCGUGAAUCACGCGUGCAUUGAAGCUCAUCGCUCGCUCUCUUUGUUUUGUUAUAUCUUUUAAUAUGAUUACAUUUUUGUGUUUUUUUUUUUUUUUUUUAAGGUACCUUAGCAAAUUUGUUUAGGUUAAGCUGAUCAAUCUACAAGUAUAUAUAUACGAGUAUAUAUACAUACAUUGUGCCAUAAUGUGAUGAUUAUA